GGCGGGGCGGAGAAAAUGGCGAUGCCCCCGGCCGCCGCGCCCCCCGCCGGCGCCCGGGAGCCGCCGGGGCCCCGCGCCGCCGCCCCUGCCGCCGCGCCGCCGAUCGGCCUGCAGCAGCUGUCGGCGCUGCGGCCCGAGCCGGGCGGGGUCCCGCUGCACUCGCCUUGGACCUUCUGGCUCGACAGAUCCCUCCCUGGUGCCACAGCAGCUGAGUGUGCAUCAAAUCUGAAGAAAAUCUACACAGUACAAACAGUACAGAUAUUCUGGAGUGUGUACAAUAAUAUUCCUCCUGUGACUAGCCUGCCUUUGAGAUGCAGUUAUCAUUUAAUGAGAGGAGAGAGGCGACCACUCUGGGAAGAGGAGAGUAAUGCUAAGGGUGGCGUGUGGAAGAUGAAAGUCCCCAAGGACAGCACGUCCACAGUUUGGAAAGAGUUGCUGUUAGCGACUAUCGGGGAACAGUUCACAGACUGUGCCGCCGCAGAUGAUGAAGUAAUAGGAGUUAGUGUCAGCGUCCGGGACCGAGAAGAUGUCGUCCAAGUCUGGAAUGUAAAUGCCGCAUUAGUCGGUGAAGCCACCGUUUUAGAAAAGAUCUAUGAACUCCUGCCCCACAUAUCUUUUAAAGCAGUAUUUUAUAAACCCCAUGAAGAGCAUCAUGCUUUUGAAGGUGGACGUGGAAAACACUAAUUGCACUCUGUAAAGAAUUCUUUGUCCUUUGCUGAUUGGUUUUGGAAACGGUCUUAACAGGAGGGAGAGUGAAGAGGAGACCUGCCGGAGCCCGAUGCUGGUUCAUUUAGAGUGGGUUUCUGCCCCUGCAGAUUGAGCAAUUAGGACUCAAAGUGGCAGGUGGGGUGGGGGGGAGAUUGUGUGGGUUUUUACUGUCACAUUACUUGCUUUUCUUUCUUUUUAUUUUUGGCUUUAUGAAUUCUCUGUUCUUUUCUCUCCAGUUUUUUUUUUUUCUUUUUAAUUCCUCAUUCAGUCUAAUUAUUGUUUUCUAUACUCCCCUUUCAUUGAGGCACAAGAAAUCGGUUUCCCUUUAAGUAGCUGUGCUGUACCUAGUUAAUGAGAAUAUGCAUAAUCGUGACAAUACUGCUUUUGAAAACCACACUGUCCUCCAAGGAACACUAGGUUGGUGAAACCUGUCUUUUGAUUAUUUGUUGUGACACAUUCCUACAUACUCUGCACUGGGCAUUGUUUUUUUUUCUAUCCCAGGGAAAAGAAAAACCUUACUUAAUCUGAUUUUGCACUGACAGCACCCACAUCUUUUAUUUUUCCUUUUUAAUAAUUUUUUUUGUUAGAAAUGAAAGGAAAAUAAUAGUUGGGUUGCCAAACAUGAAAACUAUAAUCACAGUUGAGUUAUCAGGAUAUAUGUCAAACUGUAAAUCUUUGGACCUUCUGUGGAAGUAUUGUCCAACCAGAAUUUCAAUUUGGCCUUUUCAAAAGAAGGCUUAGAGUGGUAGCAAAGGAUUUGUCUCAGUAGGAAAUUUUGUGAUUUCUGAUUUAAAGAGAAGGUGAUAUUUUAAUUGUUUGAACUAACCUUCUUCUGAAUUUUGGGUGUGUGUACCCAUUUAGGGCUCUCCAAAUCAAUUCAGACACAUUUUGUUAAAUGAUCCCAUUUUCCUGCUCAUGUUGUGUGUCGUUUCCAAUAAUCAAUCAUCCUCUAGCCUGGGCAGCUUUCCCCUGCCUUUUUCAUUUAGGAGCAGAAGUUAAAUCUCAUUUCCAAGAUGAAUGUGAACAUUUAUAAAGUUGAACUCUGAAUGCAUUUUGUUCACAUUAAUUUUUGGAGUUGUUGAGAUACAUCGUAUUAUGUUUCCAAAUAAAUACCAGUUUUAAUAGAAGGAAAUGACCCCCUCUGGAACACUCAGAAUGUUCUGAUUUCCCUCCCAGCACUCUGCCAGGCCUCCUCCUACAUCUACCUGAAAAAGGCAGGGCCAUUUAGAAAGGCUGCCUCCUGCCAGCUUUUUUUCUGGAGUCAGGGGAGCUAGGGCAUACUUAUACAUCUCACAGAAGGGCAGUGAACUCCGAAUUUCCUUUCACCCAGGAUUUUUAAUUCCUCUUGCAUUAUUGACCAGCAGAGAGGCGGGGCUUCUUCCAACCCCCAGCCUAAGUUUGUAAAUAAAAUUCUCCAUUCAAACACUUUAAAGGACUUCCAACAACAUCUCUUUACAAUCAUUGUACCCUUCACUUGCAUUACUAACCACAUCAACCAUAAUAAAAAAAUGAUCAUGGCUUUUUUUUCAAUGCUUUGUUUAUAAACUUGAGGUUCUCCAGUGAUUUCAAAAUGAGGUAUAAGGAUAUCAGACCCAUUUUCAAAAGCCUGGAACUUGUUCAUUUUAAACAUUGUACCAACAUCCAACUUGUUUUUAAAUUAUUGAUCAAGAAUUGAAAAAAAUAUUCUGGGCAUGAGUUUAAAUUCUCUUUUAUAAUAUAAGUAUUUUUUCUGAUAGAUUAGAAGAAAGGAUAUAAUUGACUUAUCUUCUUUAUGAUUGUCAUAUAUAUUUCCUUAAGUAAAUGGAUUAUGAAGUAUUUUUAUUUUUGAACUUUAUUUAAGGCAUUGUGAUGACAUGUUUAAGUUUUGCAUGUAUGUAGCUUUUGAAGAAAAAAAAAUAAAAGGAACAGGAAUGUUAGGCUCCCA